CAACACAUGAACACAACACGGUCCUCUAUUUUAAUACGUUUCUUAAUCAAUAAUUAAUUAACUUAUAUAUAUACAUAUAUAAUCAACAUUAAAUCUAUUAAAUAAUCUCCACUUCUCAAACACUCAAUCACCUUUAUAUAAAUACACAAACACAUAGUCAUUUUCUUACUAUAACAAUCUUUUCUUCAAAAAUCCAAAACAUGGCUAUGGACAAGUGGCUUUUGCUUAGCAAGUUAAGAACUGCAGUCAAGAAAGUUAAGGUUUUGAUAAACCUCAACGUUCAUAGGUGGCGCGUAGCCUCUAUUAUAGGUGGUCGGCCGUCUUUAGCACCUAACCAACGUAGGUUUAGCUUCAACGACCGACCAGGCUUAAUAGCAGCCUACGAGGAGGAAGAUGAAGAGGAAGAAGAAGGAGAAAAUAAGUCAAGAGAAUCGUCUGAAGAAGGAUAUUAUUCAGCAACAGGCUCAUCUUCUUCUAAUUCUAGAUCAGGAUCGAGAUCAGGAUCAGGAUCGGUAGUAUUGCAACUUCAAAGGACUACAAGUUACCCUAAUAGUAAUUCAUCAUCGCCAUCAUUAAGGGAAGAAACUUGUAGUAAUUAUGAUGUUGAUCAAAGGGCGGAGAUGUUUAUCAACAAUUUUCGUCGUCAAUUACAAAUGGAGAGGCAAAUUUCUUUGCAAAUUCGAUAUUCCAAUAGGCUUAAUAGCUUUAAUUGGAGGAGUCCUUAAUUAAUUAUCAUCAUCAUGAUGAACAUGAUCAAAGGUUUGAGCUUAGCUAAAUUGGCUAGGGUUUAUUGGUUUUGAAUAUUUGAUUAUUAUUAUUAUUAUUAUUUAAUUAAAUAAUGUGGUAUUAAUAUUAAGGUUUGUUGAAUUUUUUCAUUUUUUAAUUAAUUGAUUUCUGGUUUAUGAUGAUGGAGAGGUUGUGCUUGUUUUUUAAGAGCAUUAUUUCUCCAAAUUGUCAAUUUUUAAUAUUAAUAUGAUUGGUUAUUGGGUUUUGUUUUUGUUUUUUUUUUUUUUGUAUAUUAGUUUGUUUAUUCUUACAAACAAGAACAUGUAAAUUAUUAUAUGCCAAUAUAAGAUUCUUUGAUUCUUUAA